GCGAAAGAAGGUCACUAACUGCAAAAGCGUGGUGUUGCAACCCGGUUAUUGUCGAAGAUGGCAUCGAAAGGAAACAGUUUUCAAACGCUGCUUGUGUCUCUGGUGAUAGUCCUGGUGGUGACAGACCGGUGCCGUGGAGCUCCCUCCAGCGCUUUUGUCACCGUUGCGGACAAUUCGUUGUGUCCGGCUCCCCGGUGCGUUACGUACGAAGAGAUCAACACGCUGUGGGCCGUUCCAGAUCCACUAUAUUUCCUGCAGUGUCGUCCCAGCCCGCUAGGAGACUGGACCUUGCAGCGGAUGCCCUGUGCGCCGGCAACGUUGUUCAGCUACCGGCAGCAGGUGUGCGUACGUCCCGAUUACUGGGAGGGAUGUGUAGAAUUGACAACGAGUACUACCAGUCCCAGCACCACAUCGCCGAGCAUCGCUACUGACGACGAUACGACGAUCAGCCUCAUAAGCUCGACACCGACUGACCAAACAACUCCCGGUUUGAUUGACUGUGGGCUGCCACAGUGCGUAACCUAUGAGGAUAUCAACACACUGUGGGUGCACCCGGACCCAGCCUAUUUCUACCAGUGUCGUCCUCUCGGCGGUGUCUGGUCACCUAUCGAGAUGCCGUGCGCACCGACCACACGGUUCAGCUUCCGCCGACAGGUCUGCGUGAUCGAGGCGGAAUGGGAGCUACCGAAUUGCUAAGCUAGCUGCAGUUGAAGGGGAACUGGGGGAGGUACAAAUAAACGGCUUAAACAGAGGGGGAAAAACACACAA